GGGUCUUAACACAUCACAAUUUGGAUUUCUUUCCGAUUUAUAAUAUAUUUAUAUUCUUGAAAGCAAGGCAAUGGAGGGAAAGAGUAUAGUCAAGUUAUCUCACGUGGUUGCUUUCUUGCUUCUUGCAUCACUGUUUAAACCUCUGACGGCACGAGACCUGGUACUCAAAGGGAAUGAUGAGGAGAUAGAAGUCCUGCGACUUCCAGAAAAUGAAAACGCACUUGAUGACUCUCAACCAUCUUGCAAAGGAAAGCAUUCAUGGCCUGAACUUGUUGGGAAACCAGCCUUCACUGCCCAAAAAAAAAUUGAGAAGCAAAAUUCUGCUGCCCUAGUUGUGGUUUUACUUCCUGAUAUGCCUGUGACACAAGAUUUUGUAUGUGGUCGAGUUAGACUUGUUGUUAAUUGGAACCUCACUGUUCAAAGGACUCCCACCAUGGAAGUUUGUUGUUUUGUCCAAAUUACUGACCCCAGCAUGAUUUAAAUUAUUACUAUUAGUUAGUAGUUCUAAGGGAGUAUUAUGGAAGAUUAAGAUAAGCAGCACCUAGAAAUAUGAAAUAGUGUGGAGUCCUAUAGUGAUUUCAUGUACUCUACUAUUUCUAAAAAAAAUAAAGUGUGGCUUAUGUGUUAUCUAGCCUCAUUCUCUC